AUGACCGGUACCAGAAGCGGUGGCGGCGUUGAGGAUGUUUACGGUGAGGAUUACGCCACCGAGGACCAACUCGUCACCCCAUGGACUUACUCUGUUGCAAGUGGAUAUUCAUUGUUGAGGGAUCCCCACCAUAACAAAAGGCUUGCCUUCACUGAGAAAGAAAGAGAUUCUCACUACUUGCGUGGUUUACUCCCUCCUGCUGUUGUCACUCAACAGCUUCAGGAGAAGAAAUUGAUGAACAAUAUCAGGAAAUAUCAAGUUCCCCUGCAAAAAUACAUGUCCAUGAUGGAACUUCAGGAAAGGAAUGAGAGACUGUUUUACAAGCUGCUGAUCGAUAAUGUUGAGGAUCUGCUCCCAAUUGUUUACACCCCAACUGUAGGCGAAGCUUGCCAGAAGUACGGGAGCAUCUUCAGGCGUUCGUAGGGUCUUUAUAUAAGCUUGAAAGA